AUGUCUGAAGGCUGUUCUGAUUUACGUGCCAUAACUCAACUUUGUCAUCACGAAGAAAACAGUAAUAAUAUUGAAGAUGAACAACAGAUACUUUUACCUAUUUUACUCGUUCAUUUGGCUUUGAAUGAAUUUUCUGGAUACAGAAAUAUUUUAAUGACGGGGACUACUGGGCAUUUUCAAUAUCGAAUGGAGCAGCUGGAUUGGUCAGCACAUUUUGAUAGGGCAAUACAAAGAUGGUUGGAAUUUGCACAAGUUCAUGCCUUUUCCCGACUUGAUCUUUCCCUUAAUCUGGAUUGUCAAAGCCCUAUAAUUCUCAUAAACAACGAUAUUAGACAAACAGUAUCAGCUAUGGAUGCUUGCCAUAUUCUGGAGCAAUUGCUUUUUAUAUGGGAACGAUUGAGGGUUGAAAAUAUGCAACUACGUGCUUCUUUAACCACUAGGCUUGUUAUUAAAUUAAUUAAAAAAAUUUCUUCCGUUUUUUCAAGAUUAACUCGUUUACUCUGUAAAAUAUCCAAACACUUUACGGACCAAAUUAUUAUGCGCCGUCCCUUCGAUUUUGGCAAUUUAAACAAACAACAAAAUAUUGUAGAACAAUUGACUAACGAACAAAUUGAUCAUUUUACUGCGUUAGUUAAUAGUUGUGAACAAGUAAGGCGUUGUUUGGCAUGCGCGGAUAGACUUAAACUUGAUGAGAUUGAAGGAGAUGGGUGUUAUGAUAAUGAACGUUCUUCAAUGCGUGCCCAUAUCGAACAACAAUUAGAUAAUUGCAGUCAAAACAUUGCAAUUUUUCAUCUUGUUUGGAGUCCAUCAGCUUGCCCAACAGAUGAUUGCCUUAAACCUUUAAUUAAAUUGUUGGAUGGAGAAUUGUCUAUUGUUCAUCGUUGCCUUUUACAUAGAAAUUUUACACGUGUAAUGUAUUCACAAGUUCAUUUACUGCUCAAACUCUUCCAAGAAUGCGUUAAUGAAAAUAUCGGACAAGAACCUGUAUUUUACCGUCGUUUAACUGAUGCACUUGCUAUUUUAUUAGAUUUUUUUCAUGCUGAUGGAAAAGGAAUUUCUGUUGAAUCAUUCGCUCAAUCACUCGAUUACAGACAAUUUCAUGAACAAAUAUCUAUCUAUCAAAUGUCUACAGAAAACUUGAUAGAAUUGUAUUAUAGUGAAUUAAUUAAAGCACAAGAAGAAGUAACAGAAUGUAAAUAUGGAAUACUCAAUCUACGUGCUUAUUUUAAUCCAAAUUCUCAACUUUUAGUAAUUGAAGUUUUAAGUGCCAAACAAAUAAUUCCACUAGAUUCUAAUGGUUUAAGUGACCCGUAUGUUGUUAUUGAAUUAUUACCUAAAGUGCACUUUCCUGAUAUUAAUAAUGCAAAAACUAAGGUUGUCAGUUCUUGCCUAAAUCCAGUUUUUGGAGAAACCUUUGAAUUCAAUGUUCCAUCAUUUCUACCCCCUUGUGCACUUGCCCAUUUUGUUAUUAUGGAUCAUGAUUUUCUCAAAUCUAAUGAUUUUGCUGGUGAAGCAUUUCUCGAUUUAAGACAAGUCCCUGGUUUUGCUACAGAUAAAAUAUCAUCAAGUGGUCAAUCAAAUUUAAACAAUCGAAACGAACAAAUAAAUAGAAAUACAAGACAAAUUAAAACUAACAAUUCAUCUUCCGUUACCAAUAACCCCCUUUCACGUACUGGAAGCACUCUCCCUUUACAAUUUAAUUUGUAACUAAUCCAACAAUUAUGGCUGUAUUAGCUUCUAGGAAAGAGGAUAAGGAAGCUGACGAAUUUAUUCGUUCUCUAUCUGCUACUUAU